CUCUCUCGACUUUCUGUGUUUAUGUAAAACCAGAUGUUGCUCAAAUUAACACCAAAAUUCCUUUUUAUCAGUAUAUUUAGCUUCAAAUAUCAUUUGGCAGUAGGCUUUUUGUAUUUGAAUUUAUGCAAUUGAAAACCAGUGAUCCCAUUGAAGCAGCCCAUGUGGUGUUAAUAAGAAGGCUUCAAAAAUGGUCCAAUAUAACAACCCAGCUUGUAUCUAAUAAAACUCAUCGUUUUAGGUCUUUAGUUUAACCCUUUUCUUUCUUCCUUUUUUUUUUCCAACGCCAGACUCACUAGUCGAAUAAUCGUACAGUCCAGAGGCACCCACUCCUUUCUUUCUUGCUUACUGUCUCUCUUCAUUACCAUAAAAUUAUAUUUCUCUCCAUCGACCCCCUAUCCCAAGCUCUCAGCUGCACCAGGAAGUAAUUUGAAGGUUUUAUGAACUCUACAAUCUCCGACGCGAAAUCAAUUGAGUUUAUUUCCGUUUUUAUCCAUUUAUUGCAUAGAAUGCUAAUAUCUAGCUUUUGGGGUCUUGUUGCAUCCACUAUUCAGUGUUGAGAGAAUACAAAAACUUUUUUUUCUCCUUUUUCCCCAAUUCGUCACAUUUAUCUUCGAUUUUAAUGGAACCACGAAGCUUGUUCUCUGGGUUUUGCUCAAACUCAAUAACCCCAUUAUAUAGAAAUCCUCAAAAUCCAUUAUCUUCCUCACCACCUUCUCUUUCUUAUCCUUGUUUCAAUCAAUCCAAACAUCAAGUUUCUUUUGAAAUCCAAUAUUUCCUAUCUUCUCAAAGGUUGAGGUCUGUAAGAAGAUUACUGUGUAAAAACAGUGUAGAAAAAGUAAGUAAUCUUGUCUCUGAGAAGGAAGGUUCAAAAUCAUGGGUUAAGCGGAAAAGGCUAGCUGUUUUUGUCUCUGGUGGAGGCUCGAAUUUCAGGUCAAUUAACCAAGCAUGCAUUGAAGGCUUUGUCAAUGGAGAUGUUGUAGUUUUGGUCACUAAUAAACAUGCUUGUGGAGGUGCACAAUAUGCUAGAGAUAAAGGCAUCCCAGUUAUUUUGUUCCCAAAAACAAAAGAUGAACCUGACGGUCUAUCUCCUGAUGACCUUGUAAAGGUUCUUAGGGAAUUUGAGGUUGAUUUUAUUCUUUUGGCUGGAUAUCUGAAACUUAUACCGGCAGAGUUGAUUCGAGCUUAUUCUAGAUCAAUUUUCAACAUCCAUCCAUCUCUUCUUCCAUCUUUUGGAGGUAAAGGCUAUUAUGGUAUGAAAGUGCAUAAAGCAGUUAUUGCUUCUGGAGCAAGAUACUCAGGUGCAACAAUACACUUUGUUGAUGAGCAUUACGAUACGGGUCGAAUACUUGCACAGAAAAUUGUCCCUGUGCUUGCAAAUGACACCGCUGAGGAGUUAGCUGCUAGGGUUUUGCGAGAGGAACAUAAAUUAUACGUAGAGGUGACAACUGCUUUAUGCGAAGACCGGAUAGUUUGGAGAGAAGACGGUGUUCCUCUCAUUCAGAGCAAAGAAAAUCCAGAAGAAUAUUACUAACAAAACUUAAUUGCAGCACUUGCAUUUUGUUAUUUAGACGGUUGGAAGUUAUUGUAUCCUUAAACUCAGAUGUUAUGAUUUUGCAAGUACAACAAUAAGUUGGGAGAUUACAUAUUUUUCCCGGUAUGCAAACAUGUGCUUAGGCAUUUUCCUUUUUAUUGUUGUAAAUGGAAACUGUUUUGCUUUUCAAGUUCUCAUCAUCUAUUGAGAGAAAAUGCUUAUGCUUA